AUGGCUAUGGCAUUGGAAUUCUAUUUACAAAUCGAUGUGGAUUUAUUCUAUAUGAAAACUUGUUCGUUUCGAGGAGCUCAAACUCCAUCUAAAAUAGAAGGUCUAUUUUGUGGAAGAGAUGAACCUCAAGCAAGAUAUUCAUUGGUUCCAUGUGAUAAUCUUUUUUGUCAAUGUUGUCUUCCAUUAAAUACUUACAAGAAAAGUCAACCAUGGCCAAUUGUUAAUUUUGCUUCAAGUUCAAUGCAUCGAUUUCUCAAUGGUUAUACUACCUAUCUAAAUUGUCCAGCAACAUGUACUACAUCGAAUAUAAUUUAUGCCGUGACAUGUCCAUGUGGUCAUUAUGAUUAUGUUGAUUCAACAGCAAAAACAUUGGCUGAUGCUAUGGCUUAUCAUCGAGAACAUGGCAAUCGAAUUAUACAUGAAAAAUUAACUGGUAGUCCUCUAUUUCGAGGAUCACAAAUCGAUCCUAAUGAAAGAGAAAAAGAAAUGGUUAAUCAAAUGCGUCUCUAUCAACAUUCAGCUCGUUGUCCAGAAGCACUUCGUUCAUUUCUUGAUUGCAAUCCUAUGUAUUGGUGUUUUAUUCCUCUACCUGUGGAUGAAGCAGCAACAGAAAAUGCUGCUAAUCGUCCAGGAACUUCUACUACAGACCCCAAUCUGGAUGCUGUGAUAGCAACUACUGCCGUAGACAAUCGUAGGGUGGCUAAUUAUCUAGAUAAUGUACCAUUACCACCAACUCCCUAUGCCUUCUCAUAUCGACAGCUAAAACAACAGCGUCUACUUUUCGAACGAUUUGCUACGUCUUCCAUUCAUUACCGGCCUUGUAUCAAAUUAGAUUUGUAUAACAUAGCAAUUAUUGCCGUUUUACCAAAUGAUUGUUCAAUGAUACUACGAUACAUCAUCGAAACAUUAUUCAUUAUUCAUGGUGAAACUAAAUUGAAUAUGAUUUGUCCACUUGGUGGUGAUGCUGAAAAACAUUACGGUCCUCCGUAUAACCUAUAUUGGUGUGAUAAUUUGAAUAAUUCAUCAAUGUGA